AUGAUGCGUCAGACCUCUGAGGAGGAGUCCGACUUGAGGGCAGGGAGUCGCACUUGCGACACGGGGGUCAUGACUCGCUUGGUGCAGGAGGAGGACAGUGAGGGAGAGAGCCAGUCCAUGUGGGCCUCAUCCAAGCAGGAGUUCCAGAAGGAGCUCAGGGCACUGAGCAAUGGCAGCACCAUGAAGGCAUCACUUCGAGCGGCUGGUCGUGGAGGCGCCCGGAACUGGAGGAAGGAGGAUCUGGACCAGACAGCGCUGAUCCAGGCCUUCACGCAGCACGCUGUCCAGCAUGGACCUCUGAGCCUUCUCCAAUUCGGCCCGUACUUGGGCCUCCCGACCACGAGGGCCAUCAUGGGGGCGGAGCUGGUCCGGCUGUCUCCUAUCCUCAGAAUGUUCCUGGCGCAGAUCCCUGCGGGCAAGGUCAAGCUCACUUGCUUGCGCACCCUGUACAUCAAGUUCUGCUCGCAGCACCCGGCCGUGUGGCAUUUCUUGGGGACGCAGAAGUCGCUGAGCGACCAUGCGACAGACUGCGCCAACACUUGCCUGACUAUGCUCGCCCAUGCUCGGCGUCUCACGGAUGAAGUGAAGUUCCGCCAGGCAGCGUCGGGCCUCACCACAUCGGAAGCGCAGGUGCUGGAAAGUCUCCGAGACCACUUCCGAAUGCAGCGGCACCAGCCCCUAUCAGCCGACGAGGCUGAGGGGGGCGACUCCGGCGCCGGGGUGGGAGAGGUGGACCUGGACCACCUGUCCGACUUUUUGGCGUCACAGGAGCUGCCUGCAGAUCUCGAAAAGCGGUCAGGAACAAAACAGGUUCUGAAGCGGCCCGCCCAGCGUGCGCCAAGCGCAGUACAUGCCAGGAAGAAGCCCGCUGCCAGCAGCGCGGACAUCUCCAAGGAGGAGGCUCUGCGGCAGUUCCCACAAGGCUGCGGCAAAUGCCGUGGAAAGCCGGGCUGCUAUCGCAGCUGCCAUAAGUAUCGUGGGUUCCGCCUGAUUGAGCGCAGCCAGUGUCGCUGGCCUUCGGGCCGCGCACCAAAGCCGACUAGCUGGCCUUCGGGCCGCUCGCUUGUGCUGGCCUCGCGGCCGCUGGCCUCUGGGCCGCGAAACAUCGCUGAGCAGCCAGUGUCGCUAGCUGGCCUUCGGGCCGCUUGCUUGUGGCUUAGCUGGCCUCCGGGCCGCUUUCUUGUGGCUGUGCUGGCCUCCGGGCCGCCAGAAACACCGCUGGCCUGCGGGCCGCGCAGAAGGCAGCGCUGGCCUACGGGCCGCUCGCUUGUGCUGGCCUCGCGGCCGCUGGCCUCUGGGCCGCGAAACAUCGCUGAGCAGCCAGUGUCGCUAGCUGGCCUUCGGGCCGCUUGCUUGUGGCUUAGCUGGCCUCCGGGCCGCUUUCUUGUGGCUGUGCUGGCCUCCGGGCCGCCAGUGGACACCGCUGGCCUGCGGGCCGCACAGAAGGCAGCGCUGGCCUACGGGCCGCGGCGGCCGCUUGCUAAGCUGACACCGCGGCAGCCGACCAGUAGCAGCAGCGCUGACCAGAGCGACAGCUUGGAGAGCUCGGAAAGCGAGUGCAGCGACUCGUCGGCGUCCGUCAUGUCGCCGCCUCCGCCAGCCCCGGGGCGCGAUGGGCCACCUGCUGGAGACCAGCCUGCAGGCCCUCCGUACCCCGCCAGCGAAGUUGCACAAGCGGUGUCUCCUGCUGCCAACACUCCGCCAACGGCUCUCCCCAAAGCUGCGCCAGCUGCUCCAGCAGAGCUGCCUGCUCUCCCCAGCGACUCGGCGCCCCAGGCGGACACGCCGGGCCAGCGCCGGCCUCGCUCGCCCGUGGCGCCGCCCCGCAAGGUGUCGGAAGAUUCUCUUCCGCUGGCAGCUGGGGAGCCGGAGGAAGACCAUGCCGGCCGCCGCAAGUCGCGCGGCGGCGCACGCAGAGUCCCGCGCUCCUCGGACACGUCCCAGUGCGCCACAUGCUGGCGCUGGAUCACGAACGGUGACUGGUCCUGGCAUCAGCACCGGCAGAGCCCGUAUCACCGUGCCUGGGCUUGCAAGGCCGGCGAGGCAGCUGAGCAAGGCGCUGAUGGCCCGCCGGCCGCUGGGCCUGCCAAGGUGGUCAAGAGUGAAGUCAAGGAGGAGGAGGCGGCGUCAGAGGCUUCGGAUGUCUCGAAGCGCAAGAAGAAAAAGAAAGCUCGCCGGUCCGCUCCUGACCGCGAGGCGGAUCCUCGGGACCACCGCGGCCCGCCCGACGACAAGAACGACCCUUCUGGCUCCGGAGCCGGGGGUGAGAAGGCAAAAGCCUUGACCGCUAUCUUUGAGAGAGCUGUGCAAGCCCUUGAGAGCUUCUAG